AGAAGCAACCGUACCACGACUAUCGUCCCCAGUCAUUAGUCCAGCAUUAGAUCAUGUCUUGGUCAUAGUAAAUAGGAAGCUUCGGCAGCAGCACCGCGUAUGAGAUUCUUGAAUUCCAAAUGGCUCCGCGUAUGAGAUUCUGACGUCAUGGAUCGGCAAGGUUCUUCAUCCUCUCCUCUCAAGUCUCAACUCAUAUGAUAGAAAGACUCAAGAUUGGAAUUUGAAAUUCUAAAUUCUGAGAAGAAGAAGGGAAAUGUUGCUGUCGUUAAGUAUUGGUUUUGUGUUUGGGGCGCUGGCGAUUUUGGCCGUGGAAGCCCUGCUACUCUACUUUAUCAUCAACAGAUUGCAACACAAAACCAAGAAGCACCAAGAAGCCCUACGAAAAUCUCAAGAAAUCCAAUCCGAGUCAGACCUCCAGCUUCGCCAAUCCCUAGAAUUCAAGCAGGGAGUAGUUUGGGUUCUAGAACCAGAAAAAGUUCCAAAAAGUGAGCAAAAGAGAAAGAAGGAAUUCUACGAGGUUUCUCCUAUUAAAAAACAUGCAAAAAUCAAGAACCAACUACUCAUUCUUACAGAAUCAGAUGGUUCCCAGACAGCCAUUCAAUUAAAGGGCUGCACUAUUGAAGCGGUUUCUUCUACAAGUCUUGCUUCGAGAAAAUGGGCCAAAAGGUUCCCGUUAAAAUUGGAAAACAAGACCGCCAUAAUCUACAAGGGAAGUAAAAUCUUUUAUAUUUAUCUUGAAACUUCAUGGGAGAAGGAAUCAUGGUGUAAAGCUCUUCGUUCAGCAUCAUGUGAUGACAAAGAAAAACUUGACCAGUUUGCCAAGUUGCAGAAAGAAUUUCAAUGUUACUUGACAUUGUUAAAAGCUGGAUACCCCUCAUUCAUGAAAUAUUCUGGAGUGUUAUCUGCUCCUGAGCCUGCAGAUGGGGAAAAUAGAAUUGAUGGUUCUUCCUCGAAGGUUCGUCUGUUCUUGAAAAAAUUCACAAAGAAGUAUUCUAAGGUUGGCCCAGAUAACAAGCUGAGCUGGACUUCAUCCUUAGGCCGGGAAGAAAGAAAGAUAUAUGAGAAAUUUCGACCAUGUCAGGAUUCUGUUUCUGCGACUAGCUCGGGAGAUGGUCCACCAGUGAAGAGAGCUCAAAGUUUUACUGAAGGGAAUUUGCCUAUCCCACCAUCAUCAACCUUAACUCAUUUGGGUAGCCAAAGUCAUAUCUCUGUUGUCUCCGAUGCGGACGCUGAUGAAAAGUUUAGUAGCGAUGAGGGAACACUUUGUUUGAAUUUGUUGUUAUCAAGGUUGUUCUUUGACGCCAAAAGUAGCGUGGAGAUGAAAAGAUCCAUACAAGCUCAGAUUCAGAGGACAUUGUCCAAUAUGAGGACCCCAAGUUACAUUGGUGAUGUGAUCUGUACAGACCUUAAUAUUGGGAAUCUCCCACCUUAUAUACAUGGCAUGAGAGUUGUCCCUAUGGACAUGAGUGAUGUGUGGGCUUUGGAAGUUGACAUUGGAUAUUAUGGUGGUGCUGUGUUAGACGUUGAAACAAGAUUGGAAGUUCGUGAAUUAGACUUCACUAAAGGCAUUGGGGAUUCAGGUUCCGAAUCAGGCUCUGUUAGGGAUAUGUCAACCGAUCUUUUUGAAGAAUUUGAGUAUUAUGGAAAGCAUUUAAAUCUUGGUGAAGGCGCAGUUGAUGCAGUAGAGCCUAAGGAGGAGUGUGGUCCAAAACCUGAUGGAUCAAAACUCUCUACGAGCAGUAUGUCUGCAUCAAGUAAUGGAUCCAGGUGGAAAUCGCUUCUAAAUUCUAUAGCCAAACAAGUUUCACAGGUGCCUCUAUCUUUGGCAAUAAGGAUAACUUCCCUUCGAGGAAUACUGCGGUUACAUAUCAAGCCACCUCCUUCAGAUCGCUUGUGGUUUGCCUUUACAUCCAUGCCUGAUAUAGAUUUCAACCUGGACUCAUCAGUGGGAGAUCACAAGAUUACUAGUGGCCGCAUAGCUUUGUUUCUGAUCAAUCGGCUUAAGGCAGCAAUCCGUGAAACCCUAGUGCAACCAAACUUUGAAAGUGUAUGCAUACCAUGGAUGCUAGCAGAAAAGGAUGACUGGGUACCGCGGAAGAUUGCUCCUUUCAUAUGGGUUAACCAAGAAUCCGCAAAUGAUUCUCCUACAAAUUUAUGUGAAGUACCAUCGGAGGAAAAGUGCAGGACAGAAUCUGGUGGGGGAACCUCUGGUGAUCAUUCACAGGGCAAGAAUCAAAAACUGAAAAAAGCCGAAUCUGUUGAAAAAACAAUUCCAGAAUCCACAAAUGUGUUGGCCUUUCCGGUGAGUUCCAAUGAUCUGUCAACUGGGAGUAGUGAUGGGACUAGUCGAGAACUAAGAACCCCAUUAUUGGUGAAUGGUGAAGCACAAGAAACGUGCAAAAAGAAGCUAGAUGAUAUACCAGAAUGCCAAUCUCCAUCGAGGUCUAUAAUUCCGUUUGAUAAACAGAGUAGUCAUAACAGUGAAGAGGAUGAAUCAAAGCCAAAGAGGAUGGGGCGAAGAGCAAGAAUGCUUGAUCUGGGGAAGAAGAUGGGGGAGAAAUUAGAAGAAAAGAGGCGUACAUUUGAAGAGAAGAGUAGGAACAUCGUUGAGAAAAUGCGAGGACCAUGAAACAGUCAGAAGAAGAGGUACAGUUAAUGAGUAAUAUGUACAUCAUUUGGUUGUCUAAAUCCCUUUAUCGGAUCCUUGAUUGCUGAACAAGGGCUGUUUGUACUUGUACAUGUGAAAGUUUUAUCCGAUUCAGAUGUAGUUUUAGUGGUUUACAGCAAUGACAUAUAAAAUAAUUUACCUCGGGCACUAUUGGAUUA